AUGGCUCCGGCGGCGGCUCCGGCGGCGGGGCAGGGCGAGGCCGAGGCGGCGGCCACCCCCUACGUGGGGCUGCGGCGGCCGCUUGGCUACAAGUUGGCCAAGGCCACCAAGGAGCGGAUCUGGCGGGGGGAGUUCAUUGACCUCUUUUCCUUGCUCCACACAGAGCUGGCCCCCGAGCACGGCCCGCGCCCGGGGGACACGCUGGACCAGUGGGUCUCGGCCUUCCUGGUGUACGCCAGCGUGCUGUGCGAGAAGCACCCGGCGCGCUGCGGAGCCAUGUUCAAGUACCUGGACACCAUCCGCAAGCUGCACGCCACCUACGGCGGCACCUCCUGGAUGAACUACGACGAGGACUUCCGGCGGCGGGCGGCCAAGAACCCCACACUGCCCUGGGGCGACGUCGACUUGGACCUGUGGAUGAAGUGGAUGGCGCCCCUCAAGUCGCUUGUCCCCAGGCGCCCGCGUGCUGAGAGCGAGACACAGGCCUCGCCGGCCCAGCCACCACCGCCGGGCCAGAGCCCCAAGCAGGAGGAGAAAAGCCAGACUCCAUGAAAACAGAAGACCAGUUGGGAUGGGAGUCAGACUAAGUGGCCUGACUCCGUUGGUGUUUAAGUGGAGCUCUGGUAUUCUAGUGCAUUCUUUUACCUCUGCUUCUGUUGCGUUGCAAGCUGUGCUAGAGAAGACGUAGGAAAUUCAUUUUACCCAAUCAGCAAUUGUAACAGUGGACUACAAACCUGCAGAGCAAGCCAGUUUGCUGGAAAACAGGAAUUCCUGCAGCGCAGCACUUGUCACAGACUAUCCAAAGAGGGCAAAGAUUCAGGAAGGUGAAUUGAACAAUGGUUGAAUGAGGUCAGGAACACUCUCCCGGAGGAGAAUCCUGCCCUAAAAUACUACUUUGAAAGUAAAAGCCAAUUUAAUGCGCAGAUUAAACCUUCUCAUUUGACCAAACUUGUGUGCAAUCCUGGAUCUUUGCAGAUCGCAACCGGACACUUCAAAACCCUGUGUAUUAUAUUUGUUUAAAAAAAAUAAAUCAUAACUUGUCUUGUUACAGCUAUUACUUUUGCCAUUUCAUUGAGAGUAUCUUCAACAUAAAUGUGUAUUUGACUCAGAAAAGUAUCAUACACUCGGGAUAAUAACUCAGGUUGUCAACAGAAUUGUUCUGUGAGGCUCACUAUCUUCUUUCCAUUGUUCUGCAUUAACCAUUGCUGUCAUUGUCAGGUAGCCCAAUUGUGCAUUACAAAAUUCUUCAUAAAUUAUAAUGAUUUACCUAAGUUAUAAUUUUGUUUUUAUCCUAAUAGAAUACUUAAAAUCUUGACCAUCAGACUAGACCUUUGUAGUCUGGUGUUCUUGAAAAUAUUUUUCACUGAUUCAUAGUUUUCAUUCUGCAUCUCAGUAUUUUGCUUUCUUUUUCCUUGCAUACUAAGGGGUAUGGUCAAGGUAAUACUGUGAUCCAGUAAUGCGCAUGAUGGUAAGGGUUUGCCUUUAGUUGUUUCAGGAAAAAGCUGCCCUUAUGUCCUCUCCCUUUCUCAAUAUUUCCAAUAAUCUGCAUAACAUAAAGUGUUUGUAAAUUGAUAUCAAACUGUUUGUGACUUCACCUAAAUAAAUUUUUUUAUUUAAAUGCUAUUCUUAAUCUUA